CUAAAAUUACUACAUAAUUGUGGUGGACUCAGCUAUGAAAGGCGACGGACCCUCUGACAGUUCAUGUUCAGAACAUGGUAUCUGCUCAGUUGAAGAUGGGACUUGUCAUUGCUUUGCAGGAUAUCUUCCACCGGAUUGUUCCUCUCGUAAUAAUGAAUGUACUCAGAAUUGUUAUGGCGAUCAAGGUGCAUGCGUCAAUGGGUCCUGUCUAUGUUUUGCUGGAUAUCGAGGAGACGGGUGUCGCUAUCGAAGAUGUCCACAGAAUAAGGAUAUUCAAGUUUGUAGUGGCAAUGGAAAUUGUGAUACACUGACCGGAAGAUGCUUGUGCAAUAUUGGAUGGUAUGGCAACGACUGUAGUAAGAGUACACAUAACAGUACAGUGUAUAAGUGGUGGAUCGAAGAGUCUCAAAGAAUCCAGAGUCAACAAAGCAAUACUUUAAUGGGAGGAUCUCUUUCAGCUCUUAAUAGAGCGGUAACAAUACCAAAUUGGCCCUUGCCUGUUCCGAAGCCUGAACCUGUCUCGCGAGAGCAAGCAGUUAUAAUUUUUAACGAAAUUAUUGACUUUCCAAUAUUUAACUUUACCAAGGAAAUAUGGAAUAUGAUGGCUGCGAACCUCUCUCGGAAGAUACAUGUUCCCAGAAAAAAUAUAUUCCUUGUACACUUUUCCAAAUACCAGGAGACAAACAGUCAUGCUUUGCAACAUCAAACUCUUCUAGAUUCUUGUAUUCAAAACUCCUCAUGCUCGAUAGAAAAGCUAACUUUAGAAUCGUCUCAACAGGGAAAAACUUCCAUUGGGGUUGCUGUUCUUACCAAAGUCGAGGAUAUAUAUUCUACUCGAGUUACUAUCAGGGAGUAUGCGAUGGAAUCAAUAACAGAUCAACUGAAUGUUACUUCACGCUUAAACGGAAACUUGGUAAUUUUGUCGUUCAAUAAUGGUAGUCAGCAACCAAGCAAAGGAAAGAUAGCAUUCCUUUCGGUUGUCGCUUUCUUUGUCUUACUUUUUUCUUCAUACAUUUCCAUAUUUGUACUCAGGAACGAACUACGUGAAGAAAAACAUAACAAAAAAAUGUGGCUUACGCUUCCUGCGGCAGAAGAGGAUUCACAAGCCGUUCUCUUGGAAGAACUUAUUCUCACAGGAACCAAAAUUGAUUGGUUAGAUGCCGAUACGAAUGAUCCGAUUCAAAACAAGCAUAUGAAUGUUCAUCAAAGUACGAACAACUUUUCUACAACAGUUUCUAAAAAUAUAUUGCGUCGGAGGCCAUUAAACCAGCUAACAACAACAACAGCACAGUAAUAACGCCAGCAUGAAUAACGAGUGCGUGGUGCGGUAAGUAAAUAAUAACAGUUGAGA